AUUACUGGAUAAAAAACAUCAGAGUCAUCAUUGAUAGUUCGCAAACAAAUUGUUCACUUCUGCGAAACUAUAUACAAACAGUGUCUCACCGGACAAGGAUAAACUAAAUGAAAUGAUUUAGUGUAUUUUAGUGUGGCAGUAGCUAGAUUUAGCUAGAUUGCUACAAAACCAGAAAAGGAACGUGGUAAUGGCCCAGGAGUGUUCAUUGCAGUAUGAGCCAGUGGCGGAGAUCGGUGGAGGGGCUUACGGGACGGUGUAUAAGGCUCGGGAUAAAGAGAGCGGUCAGUUUGUGGCCUUGAAGAGUGUCAGGGUUCAGACGGAUCAGAAUGGCCUUCCUCUGUCCACAGUCAGAGAGGUAGCACUGCUCAAGAGAAUGGUUCUGUUUGAUCAUCCAAACGUCGUCAAAUUAAUGGAUGUGUGUGCCACCUUGAGAACUGACCAGGAAACCAAAGUCACACUGGUGUUUGAACAUGUAGACCAGGACCUGAGAACCUACCUAGACAAGGCUCCUGCCCCUGGGUUACCAGAGGGUCGAAUCAAGGAUCUUAUGCGUCAGUUGUUGCAAGGUCUGGAGUUCCUGCACUCACAUCUAGUUCUCCACCGUGAUUUGAAGCCAGAAAACAUUUUAGUGACCAGUAGGGGCCAAGUCAAACUGGCCGACUUUGGCCUGGCACGCAUGUACAACUGCCACAUGGCUCUCACUCCGGUGGUGGUGACUCUGUGGUACCGCGCUCCCGAGGUUUUGCUCCAGUCCACUUACGCCACGCCUGUUGAUAUUUGGAGCACCGGCUGCAUCUUCGCUGAGGUUUACAGACGCAAACCUCUAUUCUGUGGAGAAUCAGAAGUGGACCAGUUGACAAAAAUAUUUGAGGUAAUUGGCCUGCCUGCUGAGGAGGAGUGGCCUGAUGUGUCAAUCAAACGAGAUAACUUCAGCCCUCAGAGCCCCCAGCCAAUCACAGACUUCGUUCCUGAUAUCAGUGAGCAGGGGGCGGCUCUUUUGCUGGACAUGCUAACUUUUGACCCUCUGAAGAGAAUCUCUGCCUUUAAAGCUCUAGAACAUCCUUUCUUUCAGGAAGACUGAAGACUUUCUUCCAUUUACUGUCACACCGAUUCCAGGGGACUCGACUCUCUUAAGCUACGAAUGAAGAAAGUGACUGAAAUGUUGCAACACAGGGAAUUAUUAUAUUUUAAAGCAGGGCUUAAGGAAGUUUAAAAUGGGCCUCCAUCUUGGGGUUCAAUAUUUAAAAAAUAUUUAAAAUCUUAAUUGACUAUAGAGUCAGUCCUUUCAAAGCAGCUGCGUUUCCUUCUCUCUUUACCCUUGCAGUCAUUCUUUUGGAAGGACUUGAUUGGUCAGAGCUGAAUGCCCAAAUCCCCCUGCUUAAGCCCUCGGGACAUUGUGGAGGACAAAAAACAGAAGCAGGGAAAGAGUCCUCUUUAGACGUUUUGCUGUGGGGUUGUAGUCUCAGACCAUCUCCUCCACAUAACCAGGAAAACCAUGCCCCCCCCACACCCUCCAAAGUA